UGCCAACUGGCUGGGAAGAAGCAUAUACUUUUGAAGGUGCAAGAUACUAUAUUAACCAUAAUGAAAGGAAAGUGACCUGUAAACAUCCAGUCACGGGACAGCCCUCCCAGGACAAUUGCAUCUUCGUAGUGAACGAACAGACUGCUACAACCAUGACAUCUGAAGAAAAAAAGGAACGACCUCUAAGUAUGAUAAAUGAAGCUUCAAAUUAUAAUAUGACUUCAGAUUAUGCAGUGCAUCCUAUGAGUCCUGUGGGCAGAUCUUCCCGGGCUUCAAAAAAAGUUCAUAAUUUUGGAAAGAGAUCAAAUUCUAUUAAAAGGAACCCAAAUGCACCUGUGGUCAGACGGGGCUGGCUUUAUAAACAGGACAGCACUGGUAUGAAGCUGUGGAAGAAACGCUGGUUCGUGCUUUCCGAUCUUUGCCUCUUUUAUUACAGAGAUGAGAAGGAAGAAGGUAUCCUGGGAAGCAUACUAUUACCCAGUUUUCAGAUAGCCAUGCUUACCUCUGAGGAUCACAUUAACCGCAAAUACGCUUUUAAGGCAGCCCACCCAAACAUGCGGACCUAUUAUUUCUGCACCGAUACAGGAAAGGAAAUGGAGUUGUGGAUGAAAGCCAUGUUAGAUGCUGCCCUUGUACAGACAGAACCUGUGAAAAGAAUUACCUUUAAUUUCCGAGUGGACAAGGUUACCUCUGAAAAUGCACCAAGUAAAGAAAUCAAUAACAUCCCCAACCAUAGAGUACUAAUUAGACCAGAGGUCCAGAACAACCAGAAAAACAAGGAAAUGAGCAAACAUGAAGAAAAGAAGGCACUGGAAGCUGAAAAAUAUGGGUUUCAGAAGGAUGGUCAGGAUAGACCUUUAACAAAAAUUAAUAGCGUGAAGUUGAACUCUCUGCCAUCUGAAUAUGAUGGUGGCUCCACAUGCCCGUUGCCAGUUGGACACUACAGGCCUGUCCACAUGAACAGUGCAGAGAACAGGACCGUCAACGUCAGCCUGGCAGAUCUUCGAGGCAGCAGUCACCACAGUGCAGGCCCUGUCCAUGCAGAAGCUGACAGGGUCAUACAGAGAACGAACUCCAUGCAACAGCUGGAACAGUGGAUUAAAAUCCAGAAGGGCAGGGGACUUGAGGAAGAAAACAGGGGAGUCAUUUCUUACCAAACGUUACCAAGGAACAUGCCCAGCCACCGAGCUCAGCCCGUGGCCCGCUACCCCGAAGGUUACAGGACUCUCCCGAGAAACAGCAAGACCCGGCCCGAGAGCAUCUGCAGCGUGACCCCGUCCACGCAGGACAGAGCAGGGGCGCCAGGCGCCGAGGACAAGCGGCGGUCUAUGCGUGGAGACACCAUGUGGCAACUCUACGAGUGGCAGCAGCGACAGUUUUAUAAUAAGCAGAGCACCCUCCCUCGACACGGGACCUUGACCAGCCCCAAAACCAUGGUCAGCAUUUCCGACCAGACCAUGCACUCCAUUCCCACCUCCCCCUCCCACGGUUCCAUCGCCGCUUACCAGGGAUACUCGCCUCAGCGGACGUACCGGUCAGAAGUGUCCUCCCCGAUUCAGAGAGGAGACGUGACGAUCGACCGCAGACUCAGGGCGCACCCCGCCAAGCAUGUCUAUGCGCCUGAAAGAAGGUCAAUGCCAGCCAGCCUGACUUUGCAAUCUGUCAGUCCCCACAGCCUCCAAGGCAAGACGCCUGAGGAGCUCACGCUGCUGCUGAUAAAGCUGAGGCGGCAGCAGGCUGAGCUGAGUAGUAUCCGGGAGCACACCUUAGCGCAGCUCAUGCAGCUGAAACUUGAGGCCCACAGCCCAAAGAAUGAAAUUCUUUCACAUCAUCUUCAAAGGAACACCAUAUAUUUGGAUCAUCAGAUGAAAGAAAAUGAACCUAUUAUCACCAUGGUUCACACAAUGAUUGAGAACUCGGCGCUAAGACCCCAACUGUACCAGCAAUUCUUAAGACAGAAGAACCAGAUAAGUCUCUAUUGUCUAUCCCAAGAUGACUGCAGAGGCACAUUGUACAAAUACAGACCCGAGGAAGUAGAUAUCGAUGCCAAGCUGAGCCGGUUAUGUGAACAAGAUAAAGUGGUCCAUGCUCUGGAGGAGAAACUUCAGCAACUCCACAAGGAGAAAUACACGCUUGAGCAAGCUUUGCUGUCAGCCAGCCAGGAAAUAGAAAUGAAUGCAGAUAACCCAGCAGCCAUUCAGACGGUGGUGUUACAGAGGGACGAUCUGCAGAACGGGCUGCUUAGCACAUGUCGAGAACUCUCUCGAGCCACUGCUGAACUGGAACGCGCAUGGCGAGAAUACGAUAAGUUAGAAUAUGACGUAACUGUCACCAGGAGCCAGAUGCAGGAGCAGCUCGAUCGCCUGGGUGAAGUUCAGACUGAAUCAGCAGGUAUUCAGCGUGCACAGAUUCAGAAAGAACUUUGGAGAAUUCAAGAUGUCAUGGAGGGACUGAGCAAACACAAACAACAGAGAGGUACUACAGAAAUAGGUAUGACAGGAUCAAAGCCUUUCUCAACAGUUAAGUACAAAAAUGAGGAAGAGGAAGUAGUCCCACCUCGUCCUCCACUUCCUCGGUCCUAUGACUUUACAGAGCAGCCUCCCAUAAUCCCCCCUCUGCCCAGUGAUAGCAGCUCCUUGCUCUGUUAUAGCAGGGGCCCAGUCCAUCUGCCUGAAGACAAGAAGAUUCAUCAAGUUCAAGGAUAUCCAAGAAAUGGAUCUCACUGUGGUCCAGAUUAUAGACUCUACAAGAGUGAACCAGAGUUAACAACAGUGGCAGAAGUUGAUGAAUCUAAUGGAGAAGAAAAGUCAGAACCUGUUUCAGAAAUGGAAACUUCAGUUAAAGGUUCCCACUUUCCUGUUGGCGUAGUCCCUCCGAGAACAAAAUCACCAACACCUGAGUCCUCUACAAUCGCCUCAUAUGUAACCUUGAGGAAAACUAAGAAAAUGAUGGAUUCAAGAACGGAAAGACCGCGAAGUGCAGUGGAACAGCUGUGUUUGGCUGAAAGCACUCGACCUCGAAUGACUGUGGAAGAGCAAAUGGAAAGAAUAAGGAGACACCAGCAAGCAUGUCUGCGGGAAAAGAAGAAAGGACUGAAUGUUCUUGGUGCUCUAGACCAGACACCCUUACAGAGUCCUUCAAAUUUAAGGGAUAAUCCAUUCAGGCUUACCCAGACUCGAAGGAGGGAUGAUAAAGAACCUGACGCUGUCAUUAGAGAAAAUGAUGGAAAACCAGACCACGAAACUCCUGCAGCAGAAAUUGUUCGACUAAAAGCAGCUGAAUCUGAAAGCACAGAUUUCAACAGAGAGUCUAAUAAAACAGAAAAUGUAUUUUGUGAAACACUUUUCAAACCUGAGCCGAAUGGAAUAAAUACUGAGGAAGUGGUGGAUACAGAGAGAAACCAAGAAAAAGUACCUGAGGAUAUUUCAAACAGCCCUCAAAAUGAGACACAGCUCACAAACCAUAAACCAGAAGGCCACUUGGAAGAAAAUACGAAGGACAAUAUUCAUGAGCAGGAAGAAACUGUUAUAUCUUAUGAGCUAACUCUGGAGGCCUCCAAAGGAAAUCAGACAAUGGCAGUGAAAAAUGUGCCCCCUCCUCUUGAGUCCUCGGCGUCACCAGUCCCGUCCACUCAGCCGCAGCUCACAGAAGGAUCCCAUUUCAUGUGUGUGUAGUCUCGGAAAAACUAUACUGAAUUCUCUUGAAACUAUUCAAAGCUAAGGACAUGGACCUUCAGCAGUGUGAGGAGAUAUUGUACAGUAUAUUUUAAAUCUAUGAAAUUCAUAGUUCUGAUGCUUUUGGCCACAGAGCAUCAUUUUAUCACUUCUGGAAAAUGUUUAUUCCAAAACAGCUUUAAUAACCCCACACAUGCACUCCGUCAGCUCCAGGUCGUUGUCUGGACACCAGCUUGCUGCUAGGAUUUCAGAGCACACACGUGAAGGUGCUUUUUCAUGUGCAGUCUACAGCCACGGCUGACUUAGUUGCUGAUUUCCAGAUCUCGAUGUCUCUAAAGUCUAGGUAGAUUUCUAUUUCUUUUUGCUUUUCAGGACAUUUGUUCAGUUACUUCCGAGAAAGCCUGUUUUCCUUUUUCUUUUUACUCCUCCUGUUUCACUUAUUGCAAUGCUUUGUUUCACACUUGAUUUGUAAAAAUUUUAUAUAUAUAUUUAAAAUGUGCCAUUUUAUUAUCGCUAAGUGAAGUAUGUCCCGUUUCUGCUAUCAUUAUUUCUCGGUCAGAUUGCAACGUUAGCAGUUACUGCCACACACACUCAUCCGCUUAACCGCAAAUGUUAAUGCUUACUUUUUCUUAAAAACAAUUAAAAAUGUAGGUACUUUGAAGUACUGGGCUUAUACUUCAUUGGAAUAGAUGUGUACAGCAAUAAGCAGGUUUUCAAAUCCAGUACUUAGUCUGUGUACAAAUGUAAUUAUGUUCAUUGUGUAUAUAUUAUACAAUGAGCACAUGUAAUGUAAGUAUUAAAGGCUACUUCCUAUUGUUUAAAUGCAAAUGUUCAUAUCUCAUUUCUUUUUUAUCAUGUUAAAUAAAUGUUGAUGUUCUUAAA